CGAUUGCACUUCCGUAUAGACUCAUCUAGCAGACAUAUCGGUUAGUAAUGCUUCUCGGGAUUUCGUACCAGUUAAGGUUUUUUACAUCUGAAUAGAAAGACAUUGCACGUGUUGACAAGCAUGGAAGAUUCCAACCAAAUGAGGAUUGUGUUGCUGGGUAAAACUGGAUGGGGCAAAAGCAGUGCAGGAAACACCAUCUUUGGGAAGAAACAAUUCAAGGUGGACCAUUCAGGCAACUCUGGAACACAUAAGAGUAAAGCAAAGACCAAGUCUAUCAAUGGUAGAGAAAUCACUGUAGUAGACACCCCUGGAUUUUUUGACAAUGUUGUCCAUGAUGAAAACCUGAAAUCUGAACUUGUUAAAUGUAUUGUACAGUGUGCUCCAGGGCCACAUGCUUUUCUCGUUGUGCUCAGAUUGGAGAAGUACACAGCUCUCGAGGAAGAAGUAAUAAAGAAAAUUGAUGAAUAUUUUUCACCAGAGGCCUUCAAAUAUGCCAUAGUCCUCUUCACUCAUGGUGACCAACUACCCGAAGGAACAACUAUUCAGGAUUUUGUGGAAACAAAUAAGAAACUGAAGGAUCUUGUGGAUAAGUGUGGAGGACGCUGUCAUGUCAUCGACAACAAAUACUGGGACAACGGUCAUCCGGAUCCGUACAGAAACAACCAGCACCAAGUGUCUGAGCUACUCAACACCAUAGAGAAGAUGGUGAGAGAGAACGGAGGAAGGUGUUACACCAACGAGAUGCUCCAAGCAGCAGAGAGACUAAUCCAAGAAGAGAUGGAGAGAAAUAGAAUGGAGACUAACGGCCAGAUGUUAGAGGAACAGCUCAGAAAAUCUGCCACCCAAAGUGUGUCUAAAAGACUUGUAAUAUACUUAGCAGGGGCAACAACAGGAGCAGUGUUGGGAGCUUUUCUUGGGGCUGUUGGGGUGUCAUUAAUAGUAUAUUCAGUUCUUACUGGGUCAGGGAAAGUUCUAAAAGCACUAACUAACGCAGCAGCACUAAAAACAGCAUCAGGAGGAGCAGCAGCAGCAGGAGGAGCGGCAGGGGGAACAGCAGCAGCAGGAGGAGCAGCAGCAGCAGCAGGAGCGCUUUAUCUUUAA